UGGGCUGGGCUUGGCUUGGCCUGAUCUAUUCAUAGUAAACGACGCCGUUCACAUUUUUACCAGCCCUUCCUCUUCUACAUCAGUGACAUCACACUGCCAGUGCCAAAUCCAAACCACCACUCAUACCCAACUGCCAUGGACCCACCACAACCACCCAAAGCCGCCGCCGCCACAACCACUGGUAGCACAACACUCCUCAGCCAAUUAAUAAGCGUAGACACAGCCCUCUCUGAAUACCUCCACUCCACAGUCAAACCCUUCCUCCCACACUUCCUCCUCUUCCUCCUCGAACUCUCCGCCGACUUCCGCCUCUUCUUCCCAAUCUCCCUCUCCCUCCUCCUCGCCCCCAAUUCUUCCACCUCCCUUUUCCUCCUCCGCCGCCCCUUCCUCUCCUCCCUCCUCCUCGGCCUCCUCCUCGACCUCGUUCUCAUCGCACUCAUCAAGCUCCUCUUCCGCCGAUCCCGUCCCGUCUACAACAAGAAAAUGAUCGCCGCCGUUUCCGUCGACCACUACUCCUUCCCUAGCGGCCACGCCUCUCGCGUCUUCUUCGUCGCCUCUAUCGCUCACUUCUUCGCCAACGACGUGGCUAACCUUCUCAAUUUGGCGGUUUGGUCGUGGGCGCUGCUGACCUCGCUUUCUAGGGUUUUUCUCGGCCGCCAUUUCGUUUUCGAUGUCUUCGCCGGUGCGUCUUUGGGUGUUCUUGAAGCUCUCUUUGCUUUCCGCUUCCUCAGGUUUUACCUUUAGCAUUUGCAUUUCCUUCUGAAAUGGUUCCUAGGAGCUUUGCAAAUGUGCCAGAAAAAAGCUGGAUUUCUCUGACAGGGGCAGCAAGGAAUUCUUCUAUCCCACGUGAAUAUCUGCUGCUGUCAGUCUUCUUUCCUAGAUCACAUUGUCGAAAGGCUGAAAAGAAUGCAGUAUGGUGCUUUCAAUUCCUAACAGUCCCUGAUUGGAUUGGAGUUGAUUUAAUGCUCCGUUAUCUGUUAUUAACUCUGCUCUGGCAGUCUAGGUUGAUCAUCCAUCUCACUCAGCUUCCCAUGCAGAAAAUAAUUGAAAGGAAAGGAAUUACAGGGAGUAUUAGGGGAUUAAAUCUUCUCCUUCUAAACCAUAAGAAGUAUACAUGAACUCAUUAUAGUACUGUUUUAAAGUCUGGUUAAAAAAAAAACUGAUUAGCAAAACCUACUUGAGUGUAAUCAUGGUACUUUUUCUAUGUUCUUUUGACUUACUAUUUAUUUGCUUGAUGUGUUAAUAAGGUUGGUUAUCCCCAAGUUGAUGUAAUGAAUUAAAGGAAAAACAAAGGUAGUAAUCAUGUUAAAACAUCUGUAUUACUCAAUGUGAUAUGCUUUAUCCGAUAA